AUGACAGGGUACUGCCCCUUUUCUCAAGACCCAGCAGCAGCAGCUGCUGCUGCUGCUGUAGCAGCACAGCUGGCGGAUGCAGCAGCUGAUCGUCAUUCGUUUGCUGCUGCAAUGCAGCACCAUCAGCAGCACCAGCAGCAGCAUCAGCAGCAGCAGCAACACCACCAGCAGCAGCAGCAGCAGCAGCAGCAACAGCAGCAACCACCGCUGCAGCAACCCGCCAACAGGGUAUCAUUCGGUCAUCUCGAUUCUAUAUCUUCUGCUGCUUCACAGUAUUCAGUAGGGGGGCCCCCUGGGGGCCCCCCUGGGGGGGCCCCCAAGCAGCAGCAGCAGCAGCAGCAGGAGAAGAGGGUACUGAGGGGUGGGCCCUGGGGGACAAGGGCCCCUUCGGCCAACGAGCGAGGCUGA